UAUGGAUAAGUCGUCACACUACUCAAAACACUGUAUUUGGUCUAUCCAAUAAUUUAUUGCUCAAUUGCACUUCGAGAGUACGCCGCAUCAGUCGUGAAAAAAUCCACGGUGAAGAGCUGGAAACUUGUUGAUGUUGAGUUGGCAUUUUGGCUUAGAAGCUGUGGUCGUUUGUCGAAUACCUCGUCGUGGCCAGUAUUGUUGUGUUCGUUUCAGAUGAAUACAACUGAAACACUGUGUCUGUGACCGAGGGGGUGAGGUACAGUCAAGGAACAAUGACAAUGCGCAGAAUAAAUGUUGUCAUUCUCGUGCUGCUCGUUGUUGCUUUUCUAAUCAUAUUGCAACGGAAUCUCCUAAACCUCAACGACUUCUUGAGACAUGAAAAUCCAGAGACGGCACCUGGCGCACUCUUGCCCUUCGAGCCAGACUUUGCCGCCAAGCACCAAGCUGAUGUGGUCAAGACAGGAGUUGAGAUCCCAGUCGUUAUAACUGCGGCUGAGGAGAGAUUGGGAGCUGUGGUGGCUGCGAUGAAUAGUGUAUACCGCAACAGCAAGUCCAAUGUAGUGUUCAACAUAGUGACCCUCAACGAUUCUGUCGACCACUUGAGAGCAUGGAUGAGUAAAGCUGACCUUAAAGACAUCAAACAUAAAAUCAUCACCUUUGAGCCAAAGGUUCUGGAAGGGAAGAUUUCGAAUGACCCCCAGAAGAAGGAUGAGGUGAAACCGUUGACCUUUGCCAGAUACUACAUGGCCACGUUGCUGCCCAAUGUGGAGAAGGCAAUCUAUCUGGAUGAUGAUGUCAUUGUACAAGGUGACAUCCGAGAGCUCUUUGACACUAACCUGAAAGCUGGACAUGCAGCUGCUUUCUCCGAUGACUGUGACUCUGCUUCCUCGAAGGGUAUCGUCCGAGGAGCGGGUAACCAGAAUAACUAUAUAGGCUUUCUGGACUUCAAGAAGGAGGCGAUCAAGAAGCUUGGCAUGAGAGCCAACACGUGCUCGUUCAACCCUGGAGUUAUUGUGGCCAACUUAACGGAGUGGAGGACCCAGAACAUCACUAGCCAGCUUGAACAGUGGAUGGAGCGCAACGUGAAAGAGGACCUGUACAGCAAAACUCUGGCAGAGAGCGUAACAACCCCUCCUCUUCUUAUCGUCUUCUACAAGCGCCACUCAAGCAUAGACCCCUUGUGGCAUGUCAGGCACCUUGGUGCGACAGGAGCUGCAAAUCGCUACUCUGUCCAGUUCUUGAACGCAGCCAAACUCCUCCACUGGAAUGGACAUUAUAAACCAUGGGGGAGACUUUCGUCAUUUUCCGAAGUUUGGGACAAGUGGUACAUUCCUGACCCGUUGGAUAAAUUCCACCCCAUUCGGAGACAUUCCGAGGACAAAUGAACUGAAAAAGCAGACAAUGUGGUCGCCGGCUGUGUCCGUCUGCUUGUUAGCACAACCUCUCAGGAGUGGGGGAUUUGGUUCGAAACAUUCCAGCUCGUGACACCGUGUGUUGCCCAUUGUCCUUCGGCUGAAAACUUUAUUUCAAACUUUCCAGCUGCUAAUUAUGUGCCAUUAUCACUACUUGGAGUUGUGGAAACCUACUCAAGUUCUACAAGGCCCUUUACUCUAAUGUGCAUAGAAAUAUACAGAUGUUACCAGUUGCGAGGGGAUCAUCAAAUUACUACACUGAUGACAGAAUUGAUAUUACAAAUCACGGUGUACUGAAAGUGGUGCUCGCAUCCUCAACCAGAUUUAGUCCAGUCUGAAACCUUUCCUGUGUUGCUUGCUUUCUAUGGUAUUGCCUUGUUCCUUGUUGACAAAGGCUGCUGUUCUAAUGCAGUAUUUGUUUGCUAUAAUAACAGUGCCCAUAUGAGAUUGAACCACUCUUGUAAGGUUUGCAAGUUGUUACUCAGGUUCAUGUGCAGUUGAUGUAUAUUUUUUAUGAACAAAGCAUGUUUACUGAAGAACCCAGAGGGUAUUUCAAAUACGGAUGUUAAGAUUCAAAGUGGAAGCAAUAAAGCAAAAAUAUUUCUUAGCA